AUGUCAUUUGACGGGCCCAGCGUUUACUCUGCACAGGUCUUGCCUGGUGAAGACCCAGAGGAAAACUCCAACAACGAAAUAACAAAAGCGUUUCGUUCGUUCAUUCUAGAAUUCAGACUUGAUUCACAAUACAUCUACAGAGACCAACUUCGGGAGAAUUUGCUAAUCAACAAUUAUUUCUUGAAAGUCGAUAGUGAACACAUCAUCGGGUUUAACGAGGAGCUCAACAAACGAUUGACCGAUGACCCCGCGGAAAUGAUCCCGCUCUUUGAGAAUGCCAUAACCGAUAUCGGUAAGAGAAUCGCGUUUUUAUCCAAAGACGAAAUUCCUCAGGGCUUCCCCGUUUGUCAAUUGAUCCUUUACUCACAGGCCAACAAAGUCUCGAUAAGGAACUUGGACUCUGAACAUAUCGCCAAGAUUGUCAGAGUUAGCGGUAUCGUCAUUUCGGCCUCUGUUUUAUCCUCGAGAGCUACCCAGGUGCAAUUAAUCUGUCGCCAAUGUAAGCACACGAUGCAAAUGAAGGUCAAAUCUGGGUUUGGUUCCAUCCAAUUACCCAAAUGCCAGAGUCCACACAAUAUCGACUCGAACUCGACUCAAGAAAAAUGUCCGCCAGACUCAUAUGUCAUUGACCAUGACAAGUCGACAUUUGUCGACCAGCAAGUUUUGAAAUUACAGGAAAGUCCAGAUAUGGUUCCCGUCGGUGAAAUGCCGAGACACAUUUUAUUGCAAAGCGACCGAUACUUGACCAAUCAAGUUGUGCCUGGUUCCAGGGUCACCAUUGUAGGGAUAUACUCCAUUUUCCAGUCGAAACAGAGAAGUGCCAAUGGCGGCGCAAGCAACGUCGCUAUUCGUAAUCCAUAUUUAAAAGUGUAUGGUAUUCAGACCGACAUUGACAAUGGAGCCAAUGGUCAAGGCAUCACUUUUAGCGAAGAAGAAGAAGAGGAGUUUUUGGAAUUGUCCAGAAUGCCAAACUUGUAUGACGUGUUUUCCAACUCAAUUGCACCCUCGAUAUACGGGAACCAAGACAUCAAAAAGGCCAUUACUUGUUUGUUGGUGGGCGGCUCAAAGAAAAUAUUGCCCGAUGGAAUGAGAUUGAGAGGUGAUAUAAAUGUUUUACUCUUGGGUGAUCCUGGUACUGCCAAAUCGCAAUUGUUAAAGUUUGUUGAAAAAAUUGCCCCAAUAUCGGUCUACACCUCAGGUAAAGGUUCUUCGGCAGCUGGUUUGACAGCAUCUGUUCAAAGAGACCCACAAACAAGAGAUUUCUAUCUUGAAGGAGGUGCAAUGGUGUUGGCCGAUGGGGGUGUCGUUUGUAUUGAUGAGUUUGACAAGAUGAGGGACGAAGAUAGAGUUGCCAUUCAUGAAGCUAUGGAGCAACAAACAAUCUCGAUUGCCAAGGCUGGUAUCACCACCGUAUUGAACUCUAGAACUUCGGUGUUGGCAGCUGCAAACCCUGUGUUUGGAAGAUACGACGACUUUAAGAGCCCGGGAGAGAAUAUUGAUUUUCAAAGCACCAUCUUGUCGAGAUUCGACAUGAUUUUCAUCGUCAAGGACGACCACAACGAGAGCAGGGAUAUCUCAAUCGCCCAGCAUGUCAUGAACGUGCACGCUGGUGGAAAGACACAGGAGUUGCAGCAAGAGGGUGAAAUUCCAAUCGAAACCAUGAAGCGGUACAUCCAGUACGUCAGAUUGAGAUGUGCGCCACGCUUAACAGCCGAGGCAUCGGAAAGAUUGUCUUCGCAUUUCGUCUCCAUCAGAAGGAGGCUUCAGAUUAAUGAGGCCGAGAUGAAUGAGAGAUCAUCGAUCCCAAUCACGGUGCGUCAAUUGGAAGCCAUCAUACGUAUCACAGAGUCGCUUGCCAAAUUGAGAUUGAGUCCAAUUGCCACCGAAGAACACGUUGAAGAAGCCAUUCGAUUAUUCACGGCCUCGACCAUGGACGCGGUUGACCAAGGGGUCGGCAACAGCUCGGAUAGCGCUUUAAACGCAGAGAUUAAGAAAGUCGAGCAAGAGUUGAAGAGAAGAUUGCCCAUUGGCUGGUCUACCGCUUAUAGAACAUUGAGAAGAGAGUUUGUCGACUCGGGCAAGGCAAGCGGCUCAGCUUUGGAGAAGGCUUUGUACAUUUUGGAGAGGCAUGAUGUUAUCAAGUUCAGACAUCAAGGUCAAAACAUUCUACGCGUCGGUGUCUAG